AUGUGUCUCGCACAAGAGAUCUGCUACCAGCCAUGCAAUCACAGAUACCGCCAACCACUUGAGAACUGCGGACCCAUGACAGAGCAUCUCCAAAGCACCACCAAUGCCCUCGAACUAGAGUGUGCAAACCAUUACACCAUCAUCUUGGAAGCCGUUGACUUCUGCAACAACUGCACCAAACAAAUGAAGGUCACCGCAACCAUGGCGCUCGUCGCACUUAGGGACAUGAGUAUUGCCGGAACGGAUGAGACGGGAGGAAAGGCGAUUGGAGAGAAGGGAAAGGCAAUUAGUGAGAAGGCGAAGGAGAGAUUGAAGGAGAAGGUAAAAGUGAAGGAAGGUGGGUCACGCAAACAUGCUGGCUAUCUUGCUCUUCCUGUCUGGAACACAAAGAAAAUCCAAAAGAAUCGCGAGAGAGCCCGCUCAAUGGGCCCAAAUGAUAAACACGGCCGCGCAAAGACCGCUCGGAGGAAACGCCGCAGGAAUUCUCUUGCUAUCAUUGGUGGACAACCUGAUGAUAUCAAGGCGGAGAUAUUAGUGCCAUGGUAA